GCGCCGCUUCUGAAAUCUUGCCACUCGCCUCGUUUCCUGGACGUCUCAUAAGCAAUGAAAUCUCAUAAGCAAAGCUUCUUUUUUUUUUUUCUUUUAAGAAUUAAAGCAUUGUCACGUUAAGAUCUUUUAUGCGCUCUAAGGCAUGUGUUUCUUGGAGGCUUCUUGUGCUAAGUGAAAUCUCGAGAAAACUCUCUAGUUCUAGAUUUACUCUUGUUCUAGAGUGUCAAGUAGUAGAAACAGGCUUCCAGUGAAGAUGAUUUUUUUACCUUGUCUACUAAGAUCGGGCAGCGCAGACAGUUGUCAGUCCUGGUUUCAAAACAAGCUACUUUAAAUGGGUAGUGCCCAUAUUAAACCUACUGUUAAGUAUCAGAACUAAGUAGUAGUUCUGCUCAUUUUUAUUGCUUGUUUUUUGCAGAAAAAAAAGUUAUACCUUCUAGUGCCACCAAGUGGACAUCUUUACUUGCCAAUAAAAGCUUGCUUUAAAAUUAUUUUUAUUUCAACAGUUAUGUUCAACUUUUAUGGAUGUUUAUUGCUAAGUGAUGCUUCUUCACACACUUAAGUAUUUUAUUCUGAAUCGAAAUAUUUCAAGCACAACAGCCGCUUACCUAAUGCCUUGUUGAAGAGUACCAUCUGACAGCAGUAGAACCUGACAUUCCUCAUUAUCCAUGAGGAUAACGCAUACUUCCAUGCAUACUUUGCUGCCUUUGUUAAUAACUCGACCUGGGAAAAAUCAGCAUGUGAAGAAGUAGUAGCUGAAAACCUGGUGGUCUGCUUACUCCUUGAUUCUCUUUCCUCCAUCUGAUGGACUAUACAGGAAGUUAUGAGAGUAGAGCAGGAUGGGCAAGCUUGUUAACAGGAUCAACAUAGAAUACUUCUAAUUUGAAAUGGAAUUUACCACAUUUGCUGUAUUAGACCACUCUCCAAAUCCUAUGCACACUAGAGCUUGACCUCAAAAUCUGGAAACCACUGUAAUGGAGCAAGGUCAAAAGAAAAGUCUAGAUCAGGUUUCAUUCCAGAGAAACUGUGUCCCCAUUUCUGUAUGAAUGUUCCAAGUUUAUUUCCUUUUAUGUUCUUACGAACACCAUCGUGGAGACCAUGGAUUCUGAGGAAGCAGCAAUUUUCUCUGCUCAGAGUGCCCUUACUUCAGGCAGCAGGAAAGAAGAACUCUUUCAAUCUCAUUGGACUAACUGAGGCAGAAUUAAAAGAAACAUUUGUAAGAGGUGAUGGCCCAGGAGGUCAAGCCACAAAUAAGACAAACAACUGUGUUGUCUUGAAGCAUAUUCCAUCUGGGAUUGUAGUGAAGUGUCAUCAAACAAGAUCAGUGGAGCAGAACCGAAAGAUAGCCAGAGAAAUCCUGCAGGAAAAAGUUGACCUUUUCUACAAAGGUGAAGACAGUGAUGUUUUUAAAGAGAAGAAAGCAUCAGAGAAGAAGAAGCAGGAGAAAAAAAGAAGAGCAAAGGAAAACCUAGAAAGGAAAAAGCACUUUAAAGAGAUGCAACAAUUGGAUAAGAAAUAAACAUGUGAAAUACUGACUUGCCCUAGUAGGCACCCUCACUGGCUGCCACCAAGUUUUGGCCUUCAACAGUGAAGGGAGAGUGCUUCAAGAACCAAAGCCAUAGUAAGUAUUUUGAAAGCAAUGGGAGACUACUAGCAACUACACCACCUUCUUACGGAGAUAACUGCAUCCAGACUGUGCCAUGGAUGGAAACUCACCAGCAAUCUGCAGGCCCGUUCCCUUGUCCGUUCCUGAACUUGAGCCUCCUGCAUGAAGGUUAAAUUUUUAUCUGUUGAGAGUUCUUGUUCAUGGAGUAUGAAUCCGAUCAAAGUGACUGUACAUAGUUUUAAU